AUUAUCGUCCUAUAGAAAAACAAAGCUCAUCCUUGAUUAGAAAUUAGUUAUUGAGCGACAUGGCACAUAUCGGCGUGUUCAGAUCAGAGCCAACGUGAUGUGCUCAAAGUAGUCCUCGACCACAGCGAUCACUUUCCCUCAAUGAUUAGACAACCAACGGUAUCGUACGUGGAUUUCUCCCUGCAGCUCUUGGCUAUGUUUCCGAUUAAGCCUGGCGCGAUGUCAAAGGUAUGGCGUCUUGACAUAAAGCUCAAACCGUUUGGAUGAUUGCGACGCUUCAUGAGAAUGGGACUUCGAGCCCUGCGUGGCUAGGCGAGCAGAAGAUAUAAGUAUUACACUGUCCGAUAGAUUUCCUGACCGGAUCAGCUCGUCUUCGUUGUACUUUGCCUGAAACCCUUUGCCAGACAUUGUCAAACAACAACAUGGUCAAGAUCCACCAAUUCUCGGCAGCUCUGCUGGUCUUCGGCCUCUCUUCUCUUUCUCAUGCUCACCCAGGAGAGCACGAGAUGGCAGAUGCCAUCAUCAAGAGAGAUGAGCACGCUGCUAUCGUUCAGCGUGGUCUUGGAAGCUGCUACAACAACCCGAAAUUCCUUGAGCUGCAAAAACGCGGCCAGGAUAGACGCUGGGAGAAAGCACAGCAGCUCAGAAGAGAUCGCGGUAUCGUCGAAUCGACUCCCUUCAGGACCAGACGUGAUCUGGCGGCACUCGAGUCCUUCGAGGGCAACGAACACAACUUGACGUCGUCUGGGUACACUGAGUCAACUGCACCCUCCGUCUUGUUUGCUAGCUACAAGAACGCUUCAUGCAUUCUCACUCCCGAGGUCACCUAUGGCCCUUACUUUGUCACCGGAGAGUACUUCCGAACCGAUGUCACCGAAGAUCAAGAAGGUAUCCCAGUCCAUCUCGAAUACCAGUAUAUCGAUAUCAGCACCUGUGAGGUUGCAACUGGACUCUACCUCGAAGCCUGGCAGGCGAACGCCACUGGAGUCUACUCUGGUGUCGUUGCUUCUGGUAACGGCAAUGAUGCGGACAGUAAAAAUCUUGAUACUACCUUCCUCCGUGGCGUGACACAAGUAGACGACGAUGGUGUCGGCUACUUUGACACCAUAUUCCCUGGACAUUACUCAGGUAGAGCAACUCACAUCCACCUCAUCGCCCAACAGAAUGGUACUGUGUUCGCCAAUGGAACAUACUCGGGCGGCACAAUCUCUCACGUCGGUCAGCUCUUCUUUGACGAGGAUCUAAAGGAUGCUGUGUACAAUACAUAUCCAUACAGUACCAACACUCAGUCUUAUACCACCAAUGAUGACGAUAUGUGGGCUCCUGAUCAAGCCGACAACAACUAUGAUCCGAUUCCAGACUAUGCAUACCUGGGAGACAACAUCUCUGACGGACUACUCAUGUGGAUCAGUGUUGGCAUCAACAUGUCCGCCGAAUACACCGUCACCUCUGCGGCUACCUUGACUCCAGACGGCGGUGUCGCUUCGGGUGAUAGCAUUGGCGGCUCUUCUGGAUCCGGUUCCGGAUCGGGCUCAAUGGCUUCUGGAUCGAUGCCUUCGGGUAUUGGCGCUGCCGGUAGUGCUCCUUCCGGUAUGAGCAUGAGUUCUGGGCAGUCAAUGAGCAUGGGUUCGGCUCCAAGUGGUGGCAUGGGAGGUUCCCCUUCGAGCUCGAUCUCUGGCAGCGCCAAUCCUGUGCCCAUAUCUUCUGAAGUUAUUUCUGCCAGCUCGUCCACGGCCGAGUCGUCUGUUAUGAGCUCGUCUGCGUCCAGCAAGGCUGCCACCUCAACCUCUAAGGUCAUCAUUUCUUCCGCAUCGACCAAAUCCAGUACCUCUACUGUCGACAAGGCCAAGUCUGUCGGAACCCUCAGUUCUAGCAGCCUAUCCUCGUCAUCGAAGAGCAUAUCCUCGAGCAAGAGAUCAACAAAGUCUUCGACCAAACCUGUAUCGACGUCGAAGCUCAUGGGCAAGACUAGCAGCGUCAAGACAUCCAUCAAGAACUCUUCAUCUACCAAGGAUCAAGCUUCGUCUUCCACAAAGAGAAGCACCACAAAGUCGCCCUCCAGCUCUGUGAAAAAGUCGUCGUCAUCGACCAAAGGAUCCACUUCGAGCAAAAAGAGUCCUGCAAUCCAUUCAUCGUCGAGUGCCGCCUCGAAUAAGUCAUCGGUUAAGAAGCUUUCGACUUCUGUCAAGAAAGUGCCAUCCACUCCUCAUGCUUCUUCGAAGAAGUCGACUUCGACCAAGAAGGUGUCUAGCAGCACGAAGAAGGUCACGAAGAAGGUCACGAAGAAGGUCACGAAGAAGGUCACGAAGAAGGUCACGAAGAAGGUUUCGUCUGCUAAGAAGGGACUCUCGACUGUCACAACCAAGACUUCUUCCAUGAAGCAUUGAUUGUACUGUGACGUGCUCGAGCAGUUGAGGCGUGAAGUGUACAACUGUAUUCUGCAUACUAUGCUUCGAUUGACAACAGACAAGAGUGUGUUGUCCGAAGACAUGAAUCUGCCUGAGGUGGAGGGUUAGUGGAGAAACGCAUGUAGUGUUGUACC